AUCUCCAUUGAAAUAAACAACCAGGCAGCAGUUAUUAACACGGGAACAUGGCGGCCGCAGCCUCCGCCACGGCUUCGGCGGCGAAGGUCAGCGCCGACGGCAGCCGGCACCUGACGGCGUGACCGACCCGAGCGGAUUUCUCUUGGAUUUGGCCACAGAUUUAUAGAUCUUCUGCACUGUAUACAGGUACAGCUGCUGAUAUGUGUUCAAGAUGAGUGGGAUGGGAGAAAAUACCUCUGACCCAUCCAGGGCAGAGACAAGAAAGCGCAAGGAAUGUCCUGACCAGCUCGGACCCAGCCCCAAGAGGAGCACUGAGAAACGCAAUCGUGAGCAGGAAAAUAAAUAUAUCGAAGAACUUGCAGAGCUGAUAUUUGCAAAUUUUAAUGACAUAGACAACUUUAACUUCAAACCUGACAAAUGUGCAAUCUUAAAAGAAACUGUGAAGCAAAUCCGUCAGAUCAAAGAACAAGAGAAAGCCGCGGCCGCCAACAUAGACGAGGUGCAGAAGUCAGACGUGUCAUCCACGGGGCAGGGUGUCAUCGACAAGGACGCGCUGGGGCCCAUGAUGCUUGAGGCCCUUGAUGGGUUCUUCUUUGUAGUGAACCUGGAAGGCAACGUUGUAUUUGUCUCAGAGAAUGUGACACAGUACCUAAGGUAUAACCAAGAGGAGCUGAUGAACAAAAGUGUAUAUAGCAUCCUGCAUGUUGGGGACCACACUGAAUUUGUCAAAAACCUGCUGCCAAAGUCUAUAGUGAACGGGGGAUCUUGGUCUGGCGAACCUCCCAGGCGCAACAGCCAUACGUUCAAUUGUCGGAUGCUGGUGAAACCUUUGCCUGAGUCCGAAGAGGAAGGUCAUGAUAACCAGGAAGCACAUCAGAAAUACGAAACUAUGCAGUGCUUUGCUGUCUCUCAACCAAAGUCCAUCAAGGAAGAAGGAGAAGAUUUGCAGUCCUGCUUGAUUUGUGUGGCAAGGAGAGUCCCCAUGAAGGAAAGACCGGUUCUUCCCUCAUCAGAAAGUUUUACUACUCGCCAAGAUCUCCAAGGCAAGAUCACAUCACUGGACACAAGCACCAUGCGGGCCGCCAUGAAGCCCGGCUGGGAGGACCUGGUGAGGAGGUGCAUUCAGAAGUUCCAUGCCCAGCACGAGGGGGAGUCUCUGUCCUAUGCCAAGAGGCAUCACCAUGAAGUGCUGAGACAAGGGUUGGCUUUCAGUCAGAUCUACCGUUUCUCCUUGUCCGACGGCACUCUUGUUGCUGCACAAACGAAAAGCAAACUCAUCCGUUCUCAGACUACUAAUGAGCCUCAGCUUGUCAUAUCUUUGCAUAUGCUUCACAGAGAGCAGAAUGUGUGUUUAAUGAAUCCGGAUCUGACUGGACAAGCAAUGGGGAAGCCAUUGAAUCCAAUUAGCUCCAGCAGCCCUGCCCAUCAGGCCAUGUGCAGCUCGAACCCAGGUCAGGACAUGGCCAUUGGUAGCAAUAUAAAUUUCCCCAUCAACGGCCCCAAGGAGCAAAUGAGCAUGCCCAUGGGCAGGUUUGGUGGUUCCGGGGGACUGAACCAUGUGUCAGGCAUGCAAGCCACCACUCCUCAGGGUAGUAACUAUGCACUCAAAAUGAACAGUCCCUCCCAGAGCAGCCCUGGCAUGAAUCCAGGCCAGCCCACCUCCAUGCUUUCACCGAGACAUCGCAUGAGCCCUGGGGUGGCUGGAAGCCCCCGAAUCCCACCCAGCCAGUUUUCCCCUGCAGGAAGCUUGCAUUCCCCUGUGGGAGUUUGCAGCAGCACAGGAAAUAGCCAUAGCUACACCAACAGUUCCCUCAACGCACUUCAGGCCCUCAGCGAGGGGCACGGGGUCUCUUUGGGGUCAUCGUUGGCUUCGCCGGACCUAAAAAUGGGCAAUUUGCAAAACUCCCCAGUUAAUAUGAAUCCUCCCCCACUCAGCAAGAUGGGGAGCUUAGACUCCAAAGACUGUUUUGGGCUGUAUGGGGAGCCCUCUGACGGUCCAGCUGGACAGGCAGAGAGCAGCUGCCAUCCUGGAGAGCAAAAGGACACCAGUGAUGCCAGUGGACCCCAGGGUGUGAGCAGCGAGCGAGCUGACGGACAGAACAGACUGCAUGACAGCAAAGGACAGACCAAACUCCUCCAGCUGCUGACCACCAAAUCUGACCAGAUGGAGCCUUCGCCGCUGUCCAGCUCUUUGUCGGACACAAACAAGGACUCCGCGGGUAGCUUGCCCGGUUCCGGGUCGUCACAUGGGACCUCGCUCAAGGAGAAGCAUAAGAUUUUGCACAGACUCCUGCAGGACAGCAGUUCUCCUGUGGACUUGGCUAAGUUAACAGCGGAAGCCACAGGCAAAGAGCUGAGCCAGGAGGCCAACAGCACAGCUCCUGGUUCGGAGGUGACUGUGAAACAGGAGCCAGUGAGCCCCAAGAAGAAAGAGAAUGCACUACUUCGCUAUUUGCUGGAUAAAGAUGAUACUAAAGAUAUUGGUUUACCGGAAAUCACCCCCAAACUUGAGCGGCUGGACAGUAAGACGGACCCUGCCAGUAACACAAAGUUAAUAGCUAUGAAGACCGAGAAGGAGGAGAUGAGCUUUGAGCCUAGUGACCAGCCUGGCAGCGAGCUGGACAACUUGGAGGAGAUUUUGGAUGAUUUGCAGAAUAGUCAAUUACCACAGCUUUUCCCAGACACGAGGCCUGGCGCCCCUGCUGGAUCAGUUGACAAGCAAGCCAUCAUCAAUGACCUCAUGCAACUCACAGCUGAAAACAGCCCGGUUACACCUGUUGGAGCCCAGAAAACAGCACUGCGAAUUUCCCAGAGCACUUUUAAUAACCCACGACCAGGGCAACUGGGCAGGUUAUUGCCAAACCAGAAUUUACCACUUGACAUCACAUUGCAAAGCCCAACUGGUGCUGGACCCUUCCCACCAAUCAGAAACAGUAGUCCCUACUCAGUGAUACCUCAGCCAGGAAUGAUGGGUAACCAAGGGAUGAUAGGAAACCAAGGAAAUUUAGGGAACAGUAGCACAGGGAUGAUAGGUAGUAACGCUGCCCGGCCCACCAUGCCAUCUGGGGAGUGGGCACCGCAGAGUUCCGUGCGAGUCACCUGUGCUGCUACCGCCAGCGCCAUGAACAGGACGCUCCAAGGAGGAAUGAUUCGGAAUCCAGCCGCCAGCAUCCCCAUGAGACCCAGCAGCCAGCCUGGCCAAAGGCAGAUGCUUCAGUCUCAGGUCAUGAAUCUAGGGCCAUCUGAGUUAGAGAUGAACAUGGGAGGCGCCCAGUAUAGUCAACAGCAAGCUCCUCCAAACCAGACCGCCCCCUGGCCUGAGAGCAUCCUGCCCAUAGACCAGGCCUCCUUCGCCAGCCAAAGCAGGCAGCCGUUCGGCAGCUCCCCCGAUGACCUGCUGUGCCCACACCCUGCCGCCGAGUCUCCCAGCGACGAGGGCGCUCUCCUGGACCAGCUCUACCUGGCCUUGCGGAACUUCGACGGCCUGGAGGAGAUUGACAGAGCUUUGGGAAUACCCGAACUGGUCAGCCAGAGCCAGGCAGUCGAUCCGGACCAGUUCUCGAGCCAGGACUCCAACAUGAUGCUGGAGCAGAAGGCGCCCGUCUUCCCCCAGCAGUACGCGUCUCAGGCCCAGAUGGCCCAGGGGAGCUAUUCUCCCAUGCAGGACCCCAACUUCCACAGCAUGGGGCAGCGGCCUAGUUACGCCACACUCCGCAUGCAGCCGAGACCCAGCCUCAGGCCCACAGGCCUGGUGCAGAACCAGCCGAAUCAGCUCAGGCUCCAACUGCAGCAUCGCCUCCAAGCACAGCAGAAUCGCCAGCCCCUUAUGAAUCAAAUGAGCAAUGUGUCCAAUGUGUCCAACCUGACUCUGAGGCCCGGAGUACCAACACAGGCACCUAUUAAUGCCCAGAUGCUGGCCCAGAGGCAGAGGGAGAUCCUGAACCAGCAUCUCCGCCAGAGACAGAUGCAUCAGCAGCAGCAAGUUCAGCAAAGGACUUUGAUGAUGAGAGGCCAAGGGUUGAAUAUGACAUCAAGCAUGGUGGCUCCUAGUGGGAUGCCCGCAACUAUGAGCAACCCACGGGUCCCCCAGACAAAUGCACAGCAGUUUCCAUUUCCUCCAAACUACGGAAUAAGUCAGCAACCUGAUCCCGGUUUUACUGGGGCUACCACACCCCAGAGCCCUCUGAUGUCACCCCGAAUGGCGCACACGCAGAGCCCCAUGCUGCAGCAGACCCAGGCCAGCCCCGCCUAUCAGGCCUCCUCUGACAUGAACGGCUGGGCACAGGGGUCUAUGGGUGGAAACAGCAUGUUUUCACAGCAGUCCCCACCACACUUUGGGCAGCAAGCGAACACCAGCAUGUACAAUAACAAUAUGAACAUCAAUGUAUCCAUGGCGACCAACACAGGUGGGAUGAGCAACAUGAACCAGAUGACAGGACAGAUCAGCAUGACCUCAGUGACCUCCGUGCCUACGUCAGGGCUGUCCUCCAUGGGUCCCGAGCAGGUUAAUGAUCCUGCUCUGAGGGGAGGCAGCCUCUUCUCAAACCAGCUGCCUGGAAUGGAUAUGAUUAAGCAGGAGGGAGACGCAUCACGGAAAUACUGCUGACACUGAAGGUAGCUGGUCGCUUCUUUCUUCAGCUGACUGGGCUCACUUGCUCACAACACUUCCUGGUCUGGGAUGGAGAACUGCGUCUAUUUGUUUUGACCCCACCGGCCUGCCAGCCAGGUCUGCCCAACGAGCUCAGCAGACGCGGGCCUGGCCCGGGGACUGGCAGCUGCAAGAGGGGCUGCCUCCCUCUCUCUCUCUCUCUCUCUCUCUCUCUCUCUCACUCUCUUUCUCUCUCUCUCUCUCUCUCUCUGUCUCUCUCUCUCGACAGCCUGAAGCUUGUGUCCAGACAGUUGCUCAGUCUGUUCACUGCAUUCACCUUAGUGCAACUUAGAUCUCUCCUGCGAAGUAAAUGUUGACAGGCAAAGUUCAUCCCCAUGUCAGAUUGAAUGUAUUUAAAUGUACGUAUUUAAGGAAAACAACCGUGCUCUUGUUCUGUUCCUGUUUGGUUCCAGACACUGGUUUCCUGCUUUGUUUUCCCUGGCUAAUCAGUCUUGUACAAAAGAUGACGAUUUCAUCUGGGGAAAGAAAAGGGUUUUUAAAAAAAUCAAACUGCAUUUGGAAUAAAAGCAGGGCAGACACCAUGGACAGCGCUGUAUGGACAGAGACGCCCAUAAAGUGAAGACCGAUAUCUGCAGAAAGCUCUCAAGACCAAGUUGGGAAGAGCUUCCAGCUAAUGAACAGACGAAAAGGAGCACGUGAGAGGGCUGUUCACGUGACAAGGACUUUUUCCUUUUUUUUAUUUUUGUUUUUUGUUUGUUAAAACCAAACAAGUUCAUCUAAAUCAUUAAUCAAGAAGAAAUAUUCAUUUUCAAAUUAAGUUCCCUUCCCAUUGAUAAGACAGCUUGGAUUAGCAUCUCCUCUUCCUCCCCGAUUUGACUCUUCCUUCCCCAGUUCUCCCCCGCCCACUUUCAUUCAUUUAACAAAACAAUAAAAGCAACAGAAACCAGAUAAUCCCCUUAUUUCCUUAAAUAUUUUGCCAGCCACUUAGCAAUUGCUAACUUAAAUUUCAGAAAAAUGCAUUUACUGGCAAGGAGAGGAGCAGAGUCAGCACGACCCCGAUCCCACUGAUGACACCUGCUCCCAAAGCGUGUCUGUCCUGGUCCCCAGCGACACAGACCCACAACACAGGAAAUCUUAGCGUGUUUCACGCUGACAGCAGCAGAGACACGACAGGGGUCACCUCCGCCAUGUGUUUUUUAUUUUGUUUUUUUAGCAGUGCUAAGCCGAAGUUUUGUAAGGUACAUAAAAUCCAAUUUAUAUGUAAACAAGCAAUAAUUUAAGUUGAGAACGUGUUUUAAUUGUAUAAUUUUUGUGAGGUAUACAUAUUGUGGAAUUAACUCAAAAAUGAGGUACUUCAGUAUUAAAUUAGAUAUCUUCAUAGCAGUGUCUCCUAAAGGUGUUUUGUAAAGGAUAUCAAUGCCUUGAUUAGACCUAAUUUGUAGACUUGAGACUUUUUAUUUUCUAAACCUUGUGAUUCUGCUCAUAAAUAAUUUAUCCAGUCUAUAUGAUAUGCAGCCGCUGUAGGACCCAGUUCUUGGUUUUUAUAUGUUUGUAUUCUUUCUUAAUGAACCUCGGGAAGACACCUGUGCUGAGCAGGCCACUUUCAUGGUUGUUUCUCUCACCCACACGGGAAGGGGAGUAAUCUUUUAUUAAUUGGUGUCAGUUUCAGACAAAUGCAAUACCAAGAAACUGAUUACCUUUUUUGAGCUAUUUCUCCCCAACCCCUAAGACUUUCUUACCUAAAUUUCAGAAUGGUGUCUUUUUGAUGUCUAAAAAGCAAAGCAUUUUAUAUCUCACUAAGCCAGGCUUUUUAGGAACAGAGAGGUUUUUCCUUGAAAUUCGAUUGAUUGUUUAUUUGUGGCCGGGUGGACAAUGGACAAACUACCCCUAUUUAUAUGUAUAUCUCUCCCUAUAUGUACAAGUGAUGGAUUAUAGAGAGAGAUAUACCGGUAGCCCAAAGAUAAAUGGUAAGUAGACAGUCUGAAGGUGUUGCUCCAUACUAAAGAAAUUUUCUGGAAAUUUGCAUUUCGAUACUUUUUCCACUUGAGAGGGGUCUCACUACAGGGAGGUGGCCCAGAACAGCACUGCUCGGGGCCAUCAGUCCACAUGCCCCCUCACCAGGCUCUACUCUUCUCAACCAAACCCUGGGUUGCCCAACUGCGAUGGAUAAAACGAGCAGACGUUGGCCCAGAACUCCGUGACCGAAUCCGUGUGCCAAGGCUUAUGUCCUACACGAUGUCAUGUGACCAGUUUUAAGUUGCUUUUUAGAAACAUGUGACUUAGAAUGACUUUAACUUCACACAGCACAAAGGAGAAAUGGAGUUUAAGCUAGAUUUGUUUUGAGUUUUAAGUCCCCUUUCACUGUAACACUGUCCAAAAAAAUAAAAAAAUCUGUGUAUCUUUUACUGUUUACCCAUCUGCCCACUGUGUUUUAAUGUCAACCCCAAGUCAGAUAAAUCUGUAAACCAGUGAUGCUGGUCAUUUCGAAUAAUUCAUGAUCACAGCUAUUUUGAAGGAAAAGAGAUUAUAAAUUCUCUUAUGGCUCAGAUCAGGGAAUGAAUGGGUUUUGCUUUACAUCUAAUUAAGAGAAGAAAAGUAAGUGAAGGAAUCCUCUGAUCAUAUUGAUCACUGUGGAAGCAAAAGCCAAAUCGAUCCCCUUCGUUAUCAGUAUUUUUCAUGCUGUACACAGUAAAUUUGUUAGACUGAGUCCUUGGUUUUCGUUAAUAGGACAAAGAAUCAGUGUUUUACUUUUAUUACUAAAUGUGAAAAACAAAUAAUGUGAAAAGUAUACAUACAUUCACUUGGUUGUAAGACUCAUUUAAGUGUUCAUGUAAUGUGGUGAGUUGGAAAGUGAAGUGAGCUCUUUGACUACAAUGAAUUCGUUUGACUCAAAGAUUAAAAUGUCCCUUCCCACGUGUAUAUCCUAUGGCCUGUAAUAAUUGAAAGCAAUGUUUUUGCAGUUUAUAUAAUGCAAUUUUUAAUCUGUGUUUAAAAAUGGAGUUCAUAUGGGCUGACCACAUGAAAUGGGUGGCCCACAUCCACUGUAGAACCCAAAGAUACACAAUCAAUUUUGAAAUGCAACUUAAGCCAUUAAUUGUUGGUGUGAAUUUAAAAUUUUCUAGUAUUUGUAUGGUAGUGUGCUGCCUCAGAGCAAAGCAUUCUCUGCACAAAUGAAAAUUACUGUAGUGGCUUCGAUUUUAAUUAGAAUUUUCUCCCUGGUGUUUCUUUAUAGACUAAAACAAAAUCUUUUAAGUUUCUUACUACAGGUAAAAGCUAUGUGCAAGAACCUCAAAAUGCUAAAAUCUAGCAUAAUGCCUUAGAUCUGUUUUUAAGUCUUGUAUAUUCCUACAUAGCUGUCCGAUGUAUUAUAUUUGUAUAGUGAAUUGUGUACAACUUUUUGAAUAAGUACAUCAUCGCUCAACCUUUACGUUGUUGGAUGGUGAUGAUGAUACAUUUCUUCAAACAUUUAACUGUCUCUUUUUUCCUUUGUCAUUUGUGGGUUUUAUUUGUACAGUUCCUCAUGAAGUUGCAUCUGAGAUGUGUGUAUAUGAAAAGAUUAUACAAGGGUAAAAUUAAGCAAUAUAUUAACUAUGGUUCUUCAGGAGAAAGCUUACCGUGUUUCAGGUUGUGGUUUAUUUUCCAAAUGGAGUUGACUCUGAACAUCACCUUGUUCACCUGCAUCGAUGUUUGUAUUUCUCGUGUGAGCAGUUUAUGCAAAGGUAGAUAUAUUCAGAUAAAUUUUAAAUACAUUUAUGCAAGUUAAUAUUGCUUUGCUGAUGCUCUUUGCUUAUUUGAUGUUAAAUAAUGCUAUUGUAAAUAAAGAAUUCUGUUGUUAUUGCAUCAUUUAAUAAAUUUUAAUGCCUUCGGGUUUUACAUGG